AUGGCUGCUCGACAAGGACUUUACGUAAGAGUACCAUUGAAACUUUUUCGUCACAAGUUACCCUUUUAUUUGAUACACCGUAUAUUUUCCUGUUUAGGUAAUUUCUAGGAUAUCGCGAGGGAUACAUACGUCUUGCAGGAGACAGUUCUUGAUUCCUAUGGUGAUCGAACAAACGGUAUGGAACUACAGAGCCGGAGCAUUUAUAUUUCUUAAAGUAUUUCAACUUUGAUACGUGCUCAGAACCUUCUCUUCCUGUUUUCUGAUUAAUGAAAGAUUUAUCUUGAUGUUUUUCAGGGAAGAGGUGAAAGAGCCUAUGACAUAUUUUCCCGUCUUCUGAAAGAGCGAAUAGUGUGUGUUAUGGGUCCUGUAAGUGACGAUGUUUAAAUUUUAAAAUGUAACCAGAUAUGCAAGUGAUUACUCUAAGUUGUGGUAGUUUUUGAAGGAAAAGAGAGUUGAAAACGCAGCUUAUUCAAAGUAGAAUUCAUUGUUCUUAAUUAAGUAGCACAAGAAUCAGAUAGGAGAAUGAGGAAAAAAAAAACUAUAAAAUUGUGUGUCUAGUUUGACUGAACAAGGACUUAUCAUUUGAACAAUUUUUGACCUGAAGCCUUUUGUGAAGGGAUAGAUUGUCAACCAGUCAGAAUGCAGGAUUCACUUUGUUUGCCUCUUAGAGAGACAGCCUUGUAGUAAAAUUUGUCAUUAUUAUAAGAAACUAACUAAAUGCAUAAAAUCACAUGUGAUUAGCUCACAUUUUUGUGGGCCAGUCCAGUAUAAUAGUGUGCAAUGUGCCAAGAAAUAAUAAUAAAGUUUUUUGCAUUCGGACAACAAUCGUUUGUGGUGCCAUAUUAAGGAAUUUGGACAUAACAUCCUACAAGAAACUGAUGCUGGCUGGUUAUCAAGGGGCAGUGGAGAUGAUGCAGUUGCUGCAGCACUCAUCUCUCAAUGCUGUCACCCCACUUUAGUUCCUGUACGUAGUAUUUCAUGUGGUUGAAUGUUUUGUUGGUUUUCCUCUCUUCUCUGAGGGUUUUUUGUUGGGAUCCCUGUGUUCUCUAGUUUCUCUGCCUUGCCAACAAACCUGAUGUAUUUUUAAUCCCUGAUUCAGAACCUUUUUCAAAUGGUUUUUUUUUUCUGUUGUUGUUUUUUAGAUAUCAGAUGAGUUGUCAAGUCUUGUUGUGGCUCAGCUAUUAUUUCUACAGUCUGAGAAUGAUAGAACUCCUGUUCAUAUGUACAUCAACAGUCCAGGUGAUUUAAUUAAAAUUAAAUGCACUUUUAAACAUUCUGUUGCUAAUUACUGUUGUGAUGUUGGGAAAAAACUAUCCAUGGGAAAAUCAGGAUAACAAGGAAAGUUGUCAUAUAUUGUGUUCAAAGCCAUGGUGUUAAUACAUUUAAUUUGAUAUUUAGGGUUUAGCAAAAAAAGUCACCUUCUAAGUUAAAAAGAAGUUAUCCUGAUCUCAGCCUCCUAAAGGAAUUAAGAGUAAGUGAGAGGUUAGCCUCUCUAACUUUGUCAGCUUCCUCUGAAAUUUUGCAGUCUCACAUUUAUACUCCUGGGUGGAGAAAGGUGCUGUGAGAAUAAAGUGUCUUGUGUAGCAUUUCAAUACAAACUUGGACAUUUUAAUCCAGAGUCUAGAGCACUAACCACUUACCCACCUGUGUGAUAUAUUGUGUUCUGGAUGUUUUAGGUCAGGUUUACAUGUGAAACUUAAUUAUUUUGUGUUCUUGUCAGGUGGGUCAGUUACAGCAGGAUUAGCCAUCUAUGACACAAUGCAGGUAUGCUUGUUACAAUUUUUAAGCAAUUGUAUCACAUUUGUUUGUUUAUUCUGUACAAAAUCAUAGCCCAGAGUUUUGGUAGAGGUGUGAACUCCUUUUUGUUUAAAUUUGGGGGGGGGGAAGAGAGAGCAGGUUUUCUGAAAGUUACUGCUUAUCAAAGAUGUUCAUGGAGUUUUAUGGCAUUGUAAGAGUUUCUAUACAGAAGAAUGAAAUGGGCAUCUGCAAGGGUGCAGUAAUUCUGAAGUAUUGAAAGGAUUACUGAAGGGAACCUCAUCUUAAGUGUUCUUCAUCAGUGAAAGUAAGAAAGUCUCAUAAUGUACCGAUAUUUCCUUCUCCAGUAUAUUCAACCUCCUAUCUCCACAUGGUGUAUGGGGCAAGCUUGCAGCAUGGGUUCCCUGCUUUUAACUGCAGGAAGCCCAGGUUUGAGACAUGCUUUACCACAUGCUAGGGUUAUGGUGCAUCAACCACAUGGAGGAGCACGGGUAUGUUGUUGUUGUCACUUUUUGUUGAUAGACCCUUGAAAGUAGUCACUCAAAUGUUUGAGAAACAUCAACAUCCUUUGAACUUCAAUUUGACUUAGUUUUUGUGGCCUUAAACAAGGUAGAGGUAAUUAUUUUGCAUGUAAAUGAAAGAUGUGUGUGAACUUGAGAUAAGUACUAAGCAAAGUUAAGGGUGCUCUGACUGCAUGACUAUGCAAAGAUGUCCAUUGUAAAUUUUUCAUUAUUUUUUUAGGGCCAAGCCACAGAUAUAGCCAUUCAAGCAGAGGAAAUUCUUAAGCUCAAGACACUCCUAAAUAAGAUCUAUGUUAAACACACGGGUCAGCCUCUUGAUGAAAUAGGUAAGAUUUUGAAAACAUGUUAUAAGCUAUUUGCUUCAAAUUGCUACAUUUGUUGCAUUGAUCAUAACAUAGACAAGGAGUGAGAGUGACAAAAUCGUGAUGGAUUUAAGUUUUGCAUAUGAUAAGUCGAGAGGAUCACAAGUUUUUUGACCAAUCAGAGAACGUAGGGAAGCAAAAUAAAACCAAUCCUGGUCUAUCUCGGACACCCACAAUGCCAAACACUGAAUUAAUCACUUGUUCACGCAUUUAUUGAUGGCUUAUUCGUUUCCAAUUUUUGUACAUCAGAAAAAGCGCUGGAACGGGACAAGUUUAUGUCACCUGAUGAAGCUAAAGAGUUUGGUUUGAUUGACAGAGUGUUGUCUCACCCUCCACCUACGGAUAAUUCUUUGCCGACUGAUGAUACAGCCGAAAGCUCAUGAUGCUUAUAGGAUCUAAAGUUAGGACGUUGAAAAUUUCUUUUUACCAACGCUUUAAGACACUCAAGGACCCAGUUACAAAUAUAACUUUAAUGAUGCAAUAAGUGGGUAUUAAACUCGUGUGCAAUGUUUCCAAUAUUGACAAAAAGGCUCCCUGUCAUCAACGACAUUAUCUCUAGUGACUGCUUUGUUUAAUGCUGUCAAGUGACAGCAAGAUCUCUUUUUUCGCUCAGGUUUGUUUCAAAGCCAUAGGUCUUGAGGGAUUUAUGAACAAAAUGUGGACUAAUAGCACACUAAACGUUUUUUGAAGAAUGAUCCAAACUACUUGUCGUACUUGAACACAAGCUUAGUUUGACCGCUUUCUACACC